UACAAAUUGAAAACUUAAAGUAGUUCCUGAUCAUCUAAAUGGUUGUGUCUGAUUCUUUCUUGUUCCCUCCUUCUGCUAUGAUGAAGGUCAGAGUGACAAAUAUGAAUGGUGUUGAUACUAUUGUUGAUGUUGGAAAGGACUGGACUUGUGACAAAGUAAUUCCAACUUAAAUCUUUUUCCGUAAACCUUUCGCAAUGUUAUUAAUAUUUUGUUUUAAAUGUAUUAAUCACCUUAUGAGAAAAUAAACAUUUAAAGCAUUUCUCCUCUGACUUGGAGUACUGUUUAUUUAACCUCAUCUCAUCUUGCUCAUUUAUUUACAUCCUUUUACUACAGCAUUUUUUUUAUAGGCCACCAUUUUUUUAAAUUCUCAAUUUAAUAUGAACCCUUCUAACAGGUGAAAUUGGUCCUGGAACAUUUGCUUGAUCUUCCUCCGGCAUUAACAGGAUUGUCGGCUGAUCCACUAAAAAAUUCCUUGAUGUUUAAACUGGUGCUAGUCAGAACUGGAAAAACACUGGCAGAUGACAGCACUCUUGCACUACAGGGUGUUCGAGACUUUGGUAAAAUUAUUUGCUACUCUGUUUUUUUUCAGUUUAUCCUAAAAAAAUUUUGUUAAAAACAUCUUUUUAUAUUUUUGUGUUCUUUUCUAUGUUAUACCCCCAAAAAGGGUAUGAUCUUGUUAUAUUUAUGGUAAAUAUUAGAAGUUAUGAAAAUAACAAGCGUAUGAUUCCAUAAUUUGGGAUAGUGCUGUUCAUUUUCAAUGUUAGCUCCUGGUCUUACAGAUGAGUUACUUUUGUUGAGGAAAAGAAUGAAUGUGCCGGUGAUUGAAGCUGAUCGAUUAAGAGAUGAGAAGAAGGCUCCAGACAUUGCCACCAUACGAAAGGCAACAUCACAUCUGCCUAAGAAAAAUCAUGAGUUGCCUGAAGAAGAACCUACAAGCAGUUUAGACGUAUGUAGAACUGUUGUUACUGCUACUUUACUUAUUUUAUUUGAAAAAUUAUAUACCUCAUUGGCUUAAAAUUGUUGGAGUUAUUUAUUUUUUAUUUGAAAUGAGGCAUUGAAAGUUAGGCUUCGAAAUGAAUUACUCUUAAGAGUUUUUUUUUUUUUAAUAAAUAUUAGACAUUUGAAGAGAUGUAAUUUGUAUUCAUACUUUUUUUCUUUCAUUUAAGUUUCAAAGUGAGCUGCGCAGAAUACUCAUUUCUUUAAUAGAGGCUUCCCAGCGUAUUUUAUGUCUUAAUCCAGAGGCUGCCAAGAUAUUUAAACAAGCUGAAGGUAAAAUUUGCCUUCUUUGGGCUGUUUGUGACUUGCAGGAUGUAACCGAUGACUUAAAUAGUUUCAUCAUUAAAUUUUAUCUUUUUUUUUAAAGGAUAAUUAAGUUGAUUUUUUAAAAAUAACAGCAGUUAAUUCAAGGGUUUUUUAAUAUUUUUUUUGUUUAAGGUGUUUGAUGAAGAGUUAUGGUCUUUCUCAAAAUAAAAAAUCAACCAAUAUUCAGAAUAAUUAAAAAUUGCAACAGUCAACCUUGGACAUUUUUAUAGUACAAUAGCAUGAUGUGAAAUUUAAGUUUACUUGAAACCUUGCAGCGAUAACAGGAAGUCUGAAUUCACACAUAGAAUAUUUGACCAACCUCAUAAAAAAUAUGAUGCUCUAUUACCAAAGAACAUUUUUUGAGUUUACAUUCAGACGUGUAGUUUUUGCUUGCCAUUAAAAAUGUUCUUAGUAUGAAGAAACCUACCAAUUUUUUUUGUCUGCUUCCAUCUCAGAUAUGCUUAAUGAGGCCCCUAAUAGGAAAACUGGUGUUUCUGAAGCUAACGUCAAGCAACUGACAGAUAUGGGAUUCCCUGAAAGCAGAGCAAAGAAAGCCCUCUUGCUGAAUCAGUGAGUGUUUUAAUUAUUCCUUCUUGAAUGGAGUGGCCGGCAGCUUUGGGCUCUUUGAAGGGAUAGAUUCAGGUCUUAUUUUUAAUAAUCUAAAGUGAUGUUUAAACAAUUAGCUCCUGCCUACGGCUCCCAAAUAUGAUUUUUCUAAAAAUGGUUCCUUCCUCAAAAAAAGGUUGCUGACCCCUGCACCAGUGUAUAUAUUUGGGGCUGUACAAAAAUAUUUAAAAUUUGCAUUUAUAAGAAAAAUUUUAUUUAAAAAUAUGAAAAUUAAAUGGCAUUAUAACUUUAGUUGAAUAUCAUUAUUCUAUUUUAGACAAUCCGUGAUGUCAGCCAUGGAAUGGCUUCUGACCAAUGAGAGUGACCCUGAUAUAGACAAGCCACUGCCAGGUCAAGAUGUUGACCUGGAGGGAGAUGUUGAAGGUAGCACUGUAUCAGACCAAACUACAGCACUUUCUACUGAGCCACUAACUCCUGGCAUUGAACUUGGUGCUACAGGGGGAGCUGAGGCUCCCAGAUUCAAGAAUAUCCUCGAGACCAUCCGUGCCUUCCAGCGCAGAGAAUUUCGCCCCAAUCCAAGGGUAGGGACACACUGAAAGUUAAAAAAAUCAAUGCACAUAUCAAUUUCAUAACAGUUUUAUCAUUAAAAGAUCAAAGUGAAUUGAAAUAUUGUGUCACAAUUUUAAAUAAUUUGAUUACAUGCAUGAUAUUUAUAUCAUUGAAUGCAUUUGAAAUGCUUAAUUCUACAUUUUUUUUAUAUAGGUGUUAAAUGUUUUAUUUUUAAAUCUUUUCAUAUGUCUUUUAUUUAAUAAUUGUUAAGUGGGGCUAAAAAUGUAAUUUUACAAUACAAAUAUUUUUCAUUAAAAACUUUUAAAGGCUCUCCAAAAUCUGAUAGAGAUGGGGUUUGCUGAAAAGGAAGCUGUACAUGCUCUAAGAUUAUCACGCAACAGUCAAGAUUCUGCUGUGAGUUUAUCAUUAUAACCUGUCGCUCUUCAUGUUGAUUUCUAAUUAUUUUCAUUUUGGUUUUUUCCUUUCUGCCGACGUGUUUCAAUGUAAAAUUCUCCUGGAUUAUAAUCUCAUUUCAUUUAUGUGCUCAGUAUUGCCACUCACUGUUUCAUCACUGCUCUCGAGUUGAGGAGCUAGUUUUGAGAGGAAAAACAUUAAUUAAGAGUCGUGUUAAUUACCUCAGGUCAAAGAAGUGAUAUUUUUCAAUAAUGCAAACUAAAGACAUUUAGGCAAAAAAUAAUGAUCACUAGAACAAUUUUGUUGGCUCUGGUAAUUAGCCUUCAAAGAAGUGAUAUUUUUUCAAUAAUGUAAACUUAAAACAUCUUAACAAAAAAAUAACCACUAGAACAACUGAGUUGAUGUUGGUAAUUUGACUUAAGCAAAGAGCUGAAAAAUCAAUUUCAGAAGUUCUCUUACAUGAUUAAUAAUCAUUACUUACAGUAAAUUUUAUCUAUAGCCAGGUGACAUGACUUUAUUGCAAUGUAAAUAUGGGCUUAAAUAAAUAAAUAAGCUGAUGUGCUGUCUACAAAAUGUAAAUUGGAGUGGGGAUGUGCUGUAGAGACAGGCGGAUUCUUUCUAGCAUACAUUUGUUUCCUGUCAUCAACACUGCAGCAAUAAUAAUUUAUUUUAUAUCUUCAUUUUGUGCAAUGUUUCUCUUUUGAUAAUCUCAACAGUGUGACUGGCUGUUGAGUGACAGGAAGGAGAGACCUGAUGCCAUAGACCAGGGUCUGGACCCCAACAGCCCCGUCUACAAGGCCAUCUUGGCUCACCCAAGUGUGCAGUUGGGACUCAACAGCCCCAGGUGUUUAUUAGGUCAGUGGAUGGGUUGCUUAAAUUGGAAAUGUAAUGUGUAACAUCAAAAAUGGACAACCUUUUUGUGACACACUAUGGUUUUAUUUAAGUAUACCAGGUACAUGAUUAUUGAAAUCAGGAGUAAAGUCUUGUAAAGUAAAGUAUGGUAACAGUUGAGAAAUCUCUUUCAAGGUGGCCAUUGUAUGGAAGUAAUCACAAUUGUUUAUGUCUCUUGUUAUGAAUUUAAAAUUGAUGUUUUUGUCAAUAUUCAAAUUCAGAAAGGAAAUGUUUAAUCACUAUUCAUUAGCCCUCUUUGUCAAAGAUUAUCUCCCUUUUAAUUAGAGAUACCAAUUAAAAAAGGGGGUGGUGUUCAUACACAUGUUAAUGGUGGCACAGUAGUUUCAGUUCUGUUGUUUUCUUCACUCUUUAAUUUCUUGAAAAUUCGAAAUUAAAGCCAAGUUAAAGCUGAUUUAUUUUAGCCUCCUCUCACUGUUUUGAUGUUUAAAUCAGAGCCGAUGUCAAUACACUUUCUGUGGUCCACAGCCUUCCUGCAGAUGCUAGAAAACCCCAUUAGUGCCAGCCAGUGGCUAAAUGACCCGGAGACCGGUCCUUUGUUGAUGCAGAUUUCUAGGAUUUAUCACUCAGAAAAGUUGACACCCUUUAAUAGAGAGCCAUCAUCAGACACAGACAGCUGAUGUGGGCAAGAGUGUGUGGAAUGGAGGUAUAUAGAAACUGAGGGUGUAUGAGAUGUGAUUGCAGUGAAUGUAUGGGCUCAAAUGGGCAGAAGUGUGUGCAUAUCAGUGUGGAGCAAUGUUUUGGACAGUUUAAGUAUUUAUGCAUUCUUGAUAUCAUGAAUGUAAGAUUGAUAUAUAUAUAUAUAAUGCUUGUGUGGCAGAUCUGAGAUAUAUCCUGGGUUAAAUUGUUACUGAGAUGUUAUGAAAUUAAAUUGAAUAAUAUUUA